UGAUUGAAACAAUUUUUCUCUAUUUUAUUUUUACUUUAUUACAAUAACUCUUAUCGUCCAAAUUUUGUUUCGACUUUUGUUUGAACAUUUUUGUUAAUUGUUUUCUCUGAUUUCAAGAAAUUAAAAGUGAUUAAAAUUUUUCUAAAUUGGACUUAAUUGUUUGAGUGAAUUUGUUUAAUCAACAACAAUGUCUAUUAAUUCAACUAAAAGGAAACAUAUUAUCCCAACAAUUUAUACAUUCGAUGUUGAUGAUUACGAUGAUACCGAGGAGAUGAGAUAUGAAUUGAAGACACCUAAAUGUGGCUAUCUUAAUGUCUAUGUACAAGGAGAUCUUAAUCAAGUUACAUUAACUACUCCAGUUUUUUUAACUGUUCAUGAUGUUGGAACUAAUCACACCGAGUGGCAUAAAUUGGUUGAACAUACUUGCAUGGGUAAGCUGAAGGCUCGGUCAGUCUGGAUUCAUGUUGAGGUUCCUGGUCAAGAGUUUGAUUCAGCUGACCUUUCAGAUGAAUAUCAAUUCCCAUCAUUACAAGAAAUAAGUGAAGAUAUUCCGGUGAUUCUUAAUUUCUUCAAGAUGAAAUAUUGUGUUGCCAUUGGUGAAGGUGCUGGAGCCAAUAUAAUUGCUAGAUUUGCAAUGAAUAAUCCUGAUUCAGUUCUUGGAGUUGUUUUAAUUCAUUGUCGUCCAUCGGCGGCUGAUAAUAAGGAAAACAGGCAAACAAUUACCAAGAAAACACUUCGCAAGAAAUUACAACGACGUAUCAAUGGUAAAAAUGUUAAACGUUAUCAAGAAGUUUAUUUAAGUCGAACUGAUAUUUCGAGCCAAUUAAAGGAGAAAUUAAAAGUUGAUGCUCUUGUGGUUACUGGAUCUCGAUCGCAACUCGUUCAAGCCUCGAAUUUACUUCAAUCUCUUUUAGAACCUAAAACAACCACCAUGGUAAAAAUCGAUGAUUGUUGCGAUGUUUUCAUAGAAUCUCCUGAAACUUUUGCCUACAAUUUACUUCUUUUCUGCCAAGGACUCGGCCUAUUUUCAGCUCUUCCAAUGUCACGACAUGGAUCAAUUUGUGCAUAAAUCAACCAACUAACAUCAACACCAUAAUAACAACAAUUAAAAACCUAAUCAACCUUUAACCCAACACCUUAACCAAUAUAAUCAAUUGGAGAAUCAAUUAAUCAACUGUUAAUCAAAAUCAUACGACAUACACACACAAUGAAUAUGAAAAAGUUAAUUCUCAUCGUAAUCAAUGUAACAUGAAAAUUAUAUUAACCACUAUUAAAGUAUUAACAUUAUAUUGAA